AUGCAUAAAGAGUAUAAAGAGAAGUAUGAGAAUGACAAACACCAAAUUCAGGAGGAUGUCAUGUGGGGAGAAGGGGAGGUAUCAUGGAUCUUCAGCUAUAUUUACCCUAGAAUUAGAGAUGCUUCAGAGCCUGCCAGCUGCAGGCCCCGCCAACCCGCCCUCUCUUCCAGUGUUGGGUUUUUCCAGCAGAGCCUCACUCCCUCUACUGCAAUCUCUGGAAACUGGUGUCUGACGCGGCUGCUCCUGCACAUUAUUUAUUUAUUUCCUCCUUUCCUCCCGCCGGGACCCUUCUGUCAGGAGAGCUGCAGCUUGGGACGGAGACAGGCGGGAGAGGAUGGAGGAGAGGAUCCCUCAAAGCCCCUACCCUGCUCAGCAAGCUCAUCAAACCCUGCAGGGGCCAUGAGCACCAGGCAGGAAGCCAGGAGUGAGGGGGGAGACUCCAAAAAGGGGGGACAGGAGGCAGAGCUUCGGGACCGAGCUCACCUGAGCCAGCGGCGCCGACUCAAACAGGCCACCCAGUUCUUGCACAAGGACUCCGCUGACCUGCUGCCCCUGGACAGCCUCAAGAGGCUUGGCACCUCCAAGGACUUGCAGCCGCACAGUGUGCUCCAAAGACGCCUGGUGGAGGGGAAUCAGAGUCGGCUUCAGGGGGAGUCCCCCCUGGUACAGGCCCUGGUUCAUGGCCAAGAGAACAGGAAGAAGACCAGUGAAACAGAGAUCCCAGCUCUUUUGGUCAACUGCAAGUGCCGAGACCAGGUGCUUAGGGUGGCCGUGGACACAGGCACCCACCACAACCAGAUCUCCGCCGGAUGCCUCAGCCGCCUGGGGUUAGGGAAGAGGGUCCUAAAAGCCCCAGGGGGGGACCUGGCACCUGGGCCCCCAACCCAGGUGGAGCAGCUGGAGCUACAGCUAGGCCAGGAGACCGUGGCAUGCUCGGCCCAGGUGGUGGAUGUUGAGAGUCCUGAAUUCUGUCUUGGACUACAGACUCUGCUUUCCCUCAAGUGCUGUAUCGACCUGGAACAUGGAGUGCUGCGGCUGAAAGCCCCCUUCCCAGAGCUGCCAUUUCUGCCUUUGCACCAAGAACCUGGCCAGUGACCACUAUUCCAGUUAGUCCCCAGGGGGAAGUACCUUGUCUUAGGAGAAGAGCCGUGUGGGGUAUGGGGACAUUACUAUAGCCAGGUAGCUGGGGACUACUUUGUCCCUUUUGUCACCACCCUGACCCUGCUGUCCCAUUUCCCUUAGCUGGCGACAUUCCUCUCUGCUUCUCAGCAACUUCCCUAUCCCCCAGGAGUUUUCUCUAGAGAGGGACCAGGAUCUCAGGAUUCUGGUUUCCCUGUUCUCUCUUAUUCCUCUCCCAAGAAGAAUAAAGCCAAAUCAGGCCUGCAGAAAAGGACACAAGCAAAAUGGGGGUCCAGGCUGGGCCCCUGGAAUGGUAGGAACUGGCCUGAGUCAAAGGCUGCAGCCUGACACUGUCCUCCACUGUCCCCCAACUCCACCCCAAACACCUCUUGACUGCUUUUACUCCCACAUCUCUCACCUCACCUCCUGAGGCUCAUUAUCUCUCACAACUAGACACCACACCUCACCAACCUGGGUCCCUGGCCCUGCUGGCGCCUACCUUUCUGACUCUGCACACAUCUGUGCACAGUUGAGUGGGGAAGAAAUAAUGAACAGAAUAAUUCGGUACAAUACGAAGAUUGUUCAGUAGCUCUAAGGCUGGGAGCUCUAAGUUACCUUUUCUGGGCUUGCAAACCUCUGAAGUCAGUUAUUACCCUGUGCAGAACCUUGGAUAUAUCUUUAAUAUUUCCUCCAGAUCUUUAUCCUGCUCCACUUUUACCCACUGGGCCCCUGAACUUCAGGGUGUGUGUGGAAAAGUCUUGCGAGAAGUGCCAGCAAAGAUGGACAGGAUGGUGUGGUUGAUGGUACUCGGACUUUGCCUAACUAUGAUUCAUUAUUUCUAGAACUAUCCACCUCAUUAGACCUUCUUCCUAACCCUCAUCUCUGGCUUUGAGAGCUGGAGUUUGUCUUGUUUUGGAAUAAGUGGCUUUCUAUCCCCUGCCUGAGCCAAAGCAAAGAGACAAUGAGGCUUUCUGACUUUACUGUAAAGAAAGGAAGCCAAAUCUUAAUUACCUAGACCCCCGAGUGUCUUUCUGACUGGUCUGAGCAUCUCAUACCAUGGAUUAGGGGUAGAGGAAGAAGACAGCAUAACUAACUUGAACCAGGGAAACAAAAUCUUGGGUUGGAAAAAAAAUCUUGAGCCUGAGAUAGAUUAGAGAAGAACCAAGAUGCAAGGAGCUGCCCCAUGACACCUGGCCUUACCUUUCUCAACUGAGUCCUCACAAGGAGAUGGGAGGGGCUCACUAUUACACUUGUGAUAGUACCCUGGUCCUCACUGCCUUGCUCCAUGACCUCAGCUUUCCUGGUCUCACCCUGUUCCUUUCCCUUCUGCCUCCUGCUGCUUCUGUGAUUGCAGACUCCAGGCUCUAUGGCAGGCUCUUAGCUCAGCUGCUUCUCCAUUUGAAUAAACAAUGGUUUCUCUAUGUUAAUGUCCUUC